UGUGGUGCGCUUUCAAACUUACAGCAGUUAACCAGGACUAUCUGUUAGUAUCAGCAUGUGACAGCUGAGUAUAAAACUGGAGAAUGAGUGCUAGUAGAGUUUUAGAAAGUUAGAUGCGACGCUGAUAGCUUGUCAUUGUAGCCUAGCCAUGACAGACAGAGAUUAAAGACAGAGAUGUUUUAAUUCUCUGUCUCAUGUCAACCGCUGUGCUUUAACUGUCUCAGUAAAUGUGGAGUGUUCCGAUUUAAAGAGCGCUGUCGGAUAGUUGUUUAUUUACUUGAGUAUAAAGCUAAUCUCUAACCCAUUGAGGUUAGCCUGCUAGCAAAACUACUGUAACCACCAGUCUGACUCUGUGGGAAUUAUGAGCUCCACUAAUGUUUAUGCAAGUCGCAAACGGAGGAAACCUGUGCCAAAAAGUGUGCAGCAGGCUCCCUCUAAAAGUGUCAAAACGAAUCCUUCCAAACGCCAUCGGGACCGCUUGAAUGGAGAGUUGGACAGGUUGGCCAGCGAGCUUCCCUUCCCGCAAGAGGUCAUAUCCAAGUUGGACAAACUCACUGUUCUGAGGCUAAGUGUGAGCUAUCUGCGGGCCAAAAGUCACUUUAAUGUGACCCUGAACUCAAAGAACUCCAGCCACCCAGCAAACAAGAUCAAAGUUCAGGAGCUGCCGGAAGGAGAGCUCUUGCUACAGGUUAUAAAUGGGUUUGUCUUGGUGGUCACCUCAAAUGGCACAAUCUUCUACACUUCCUCCACCGUUGCGGACUACUUGGGGUUCCAACAGUCGGAUCUUAUCCAUCAGAGUGUUUAUGAGCUUGUUCACACUGAUGACCGGGCUGAGUUUCAGAAACAGCUCCACUUGGCGCACAACCCCAGCUCCACCCCAGACACUGGACAGCUAGUACAAGCUUCCCAUGAUGCACCACUGCCUCAGAUGUACAACAGUUCAGAGCAGUUACGACCAGAGAACUCCACAUUCCUUGAGCAAAAUUUUGUUUGCAGGCUAAGAUGUCUGUUGGAUAGCUCUUCUGGGUUUCUUGCCGUGAAUUUUCAGGGGCGGCUGAAGUUCCUGUAUGGACAGAGUGAGAAGACAGCUGAUGGAAAACCCAUCCCUUCUCAGCUGGCCCUGUUUGCUCUGGUCUGCCCUGUUCAGGUGCCUUCCAUACUGGAGAUCGGCACCAAGAGCUUCAUGUUCAGAACCAAACACAAGCUCGAUUUCACUCCCACUGCAUGUGAUGCAAAAGGGAAGAUUGUUCUGGGAUACACAGAGGCAGAGCUGUGUUACCGUGGCUCAGGUUAUCAGUUCAUUCAUGCGGCUGACAUGCUGUAUUGCGCCGAGAACCACAUACGCAUGAUUAAGACGGGUGAAAGCGGCUUGACUGUUUUCAGGCUCCUGACUAAAUACAAUCACUGGGUUUGGGUCCAGGCCAACGCCAGGCUUAUCUACAAAAAUGGGCAACCAGAUUGCAUCAUCUCCUCUCAGAGAGCGAUCACGGACGAGGAGGGUGAGGAGUACCUGAGAAAGCGCACUAUGACUCUCCCCUUCAGCUUUACCACAGGUGAGGGUGUUCUUUACGAAACGAACCUGCCCAGAUCCCAAAGCAGCAACACACCUUCUGAUCUCAGUGCUCCCGGUGACACCGAUCGACCCAAAACUUUAGAUCCUGACUCCCUGCUGGCCUCCAUGCUGAGGCAAGAUGAGUCUAUAUAUGUGUGCCCUGCAGGCUCAGAUGAAACAUUACCCUCCAUACACCGCUUAGGGAUGAAUGAUCUGUGUGAUAUCUCUCCGAGUGUUCUCUCACCGUCUGAGAGCUCUCUAUUUGAAUGGCAGCCAAUCAUGAGGUUCGGAGGAGAUGACAGCUGUGACAUACUGAGCUUCAUGGGGAGUUUAGGGAUCAGCCCUGAUGAUCUGACGCUCCUUCAGCAAGAUAAACUGUUCCUUAGCAUUGACUUUGAUGGUGGCAACAACACGGGGGACCUCACAGAUGGGGUCUUGUCUUACGUCCAGCACUCUCUCAGGAAUACGACCGAUCGUACACUGUCCAGUGAUGUUCGAGGGAACCUGAACCAUACCUUACAGAAGGCACCUCUGUUCUCUUCAGAGGAUCAGCGUCUGUAUUCCAUAAGUGAUUCUCACACAAUUUCUAAGGAACAAAAGAUGUCCUUCAUAAUGGACACCAAAGGAGAACAGGAACAUCAAAAUAAUCUUUGCACACUGUCUGAUCCAUAUGAUGGGACGGAAGUCACACAAUGUAAACUUUCACACAUAAAUGUCCAAAAGCAACAGUUUCGGAUCAUGAACCAGCAGUGGCACACAGCUCUCAUGGACAACCAGCAACUUCCAAACCUUCCACCUCUUCAGGUGCACAAUGCUUUCGGAAAUGCUCAGGUUUGUAAAAACAUCACAAAUGUUCCAGCCAGCGACAGCCAGCAGGUUCCUCCUCUCUUCCAGCCAGAGCUUCAGCAGUCAGGGUACUUUUACAAGGAGACGUCUCCUCUGGAAUCUGAGAACUCUUACAGAAACCUUCUCAACACUGUAUCCAUCAGUUGCUCCCAGGAGCUCUCCUCACCUUACAUUACUGCAGGUGAUGCAGACUUGAGUGCAUUUAUUGCUCAGGACCUCGAAGAGCUGCUUAGCAGCCUGGACAGAGGAGGUUUGGAGAGGAACGGGCAACUGGGACAGAAUGUAGGAAUGGGGAUCAGAGCAGAAUGUGGCACGACACAUCUUGCACAGCAUCAGAAUAACAGGCCUCAUCCCAACCUGUCUUUAGGAGGAUACUUGUGACUGCUUAGCUCAAGGUCUGAGUGAAACUUCAUACCUGGCAGCGGUGCAUAGAGUCUGGAUGGUAAGUGAUCACAUCAAGGAAGAACCUUUAGGCAGAAUUUGGGAAAAGAAAGGGUGAAAAUGGAUGAAAAGGCUCCAAAGGUCAGCUGUUGUAAAGAUUUAACGGGAGGAGUUGUAUGUUGUGGCAGGAUAUGAUGACUUAAAUGGUUGAAGAACCCAUUUGUUGAGUGGCUUCUCUGACAUGUGAUUAAAUCUUUCACUGUGCUUUGAUAAACAUUUCUUUAAAUGUCUCUCAUGACGUGCUUGUCAAAGCAAUAUUUACUGUACAUUAACUGGCAUACCAAGGGUAUGGCCUUUCAAAUAGAUGAAAUCACUGUUUAACAAACAACAAAUAUACUCCGUUAGCUCUUAGACUACAUGAGGACUUACAGUAUGCAGUGACAAUCCUUUAUCUGCAGAAUUUUCAAUUUAUGCACAAAUUGAAGCUGAUGAUUUGAAAAAAGAAUUUACACAAUAGUGUUUUAUGGUGUUUAGACAGUACUCAUGAAGAACCUGUGUACGUCCUUCUGGACUGUCAUAUGUAAGUUAUUGUUUUCUGAUCUUUUGUACUUUUAAUGAAGCUGUUAAAUACAAUCAGACAUAUGUAGCACUUGUACAGAUGUCUGUUUAUGAUUUGAUUUAGCGUGGCUUGCAACCAAAGAGAAGAUUAAGGUUCAGAGGAAGAAUGGACUUUGGCCAACCGCAAAUCAAGCUUUGUUUGGUUUUCUGCUAAAAUGUUGAAAUGUUUAAAAAGCACUGUUGAUAAAUGAGAAAUCCAGAUUCUGUGUAUUUUGUUCGAUGACCAAAUUUGGACGAUCAUAUUCCUUACUACUUACAUCAUUCUUCUUGAUCAACCUACUGUUUUUAUUUACUGUACAGUAAAUACUUGUCUUUAUAAAUGCAUUUAUAUAUGUGUAGAUUGAGCUUGUUUUUCUUAUUUGUUUGUAGUUUGUGGGCUCUGUAAUUUUUUAAUUACUGACUGGUUUUCAUGUUCAAUUUUUUAAUGGAUAUUGAUUAAAAUAUAUUUAGAGAUUUGUUAA